AAUUAAAUAUGGCGGUACAAACAAUUUAGUUUGCUAUAUUUUGUCUGCGAACAACUCCGUGGAAAAAGUGCAAAAUGUAAUACUUUUCACAUGGUUACGUACUUAAAUUAAUAGUCAAUGGAGUCCCCCACUCCUUCUUUUCAUUCGAAAACCAAAGGGAAGAAUCCCAAGGUACCUAUCAGGUUUCUGCCACAGUUACCAGAGACCAGACAGAAGCCAAGAUGGCAAGAGAAUGCUCCAAUUUUCCAAUUAAGUUACAGUAAAAGUGAUGAAGAAAGACAAGGCUCAGCAUCAAAGAGAGGUCAUGCACGUAGCAAGACCUGGGAUAUUGGAGGUCAGAGUAGUAACAGUACAGGUUUAACCCACAUCUCUCCUGCUGGUUCAAAGAAACAGUCCGGGUCAACCUUACAACCAUCUCAUAAACGAGACAGGGAAGCAUUCAGAAGUUCAUUGGUGAAUAUUAUCAUGCAAAAUGAGCGUCCACCCAGUAGAUCAUCAACUGCUGAUGGAGAGCUUCCUCCAUUGUCUCGAACAGGUUCACCAACAGCUAUUGAGAAAGAUAUCCUGAGAUAUUAUUAUUAUAUCCACCAUGGCAUCGACACGGAACACGUGGCACCAAUGGAAGAUUCUUGGUUGAAACAUGUCCUUGAUCUUGUACCUCAAACCCUCAAGGAUGGUCUGGAGUUAAGUAUUGAGAAUCUUUCAGAUGAGAUGCGAGAGGAUUAUUUACUUAGCGUGAAAAAAGCUAUCGUCGAUUUCGUUCUCAAAGAUCCUCGUGAACAGGAAGACGAGAAAGUUGAUGACACACCAGAUUAUAAAAAAGAGCUUGCUCAAGUUCCUAAACCAUGGAACAAGUCGUAUUUAUCAGCAAGACUUGCCAUGGAACAUGAUCUGUUCGUGACCAAUGCAACAAUGUCUGGUGUUCUUGAUUUAUGGUACAAAUCUUUCGGGUCUUUGCGACUUGUUGAUAUUCAAGAUAUCAAGAGACGUCCAGAAGCUUUGGAGCUUGCUGUUUUUCAGAAUAUUGUGAUGAAGCAUAUCGAACUUGCAAGAGAAACCUUGAUCAAGAAAUGGUUUCCAGAAGUUCAGAAUAUUUACUAUCAAGGAAACAAGCGUAAACUCGUUCCCAGUAAUCAGAAUUCUCGUCGUCUCGAAGCAUUCUUCACCGCAGCCUCGGUUCUGAUGACAAAUCAAUUGCAGAGUCUUGCUUUGCUUUCAAUACACGAUUAUACAAGCCUCUUCUGCCCCCCUCAGGAUUCAACAAACGUCUUGGAACAUCCAGGUUUUGUGAUGAGGCUGGUUAUCGAUGGUGAUUCAAUCAAAUUUGAACCUGACUUUAAAGAUUUCGAAAUCGUUCUUAUCAAUGUUUAUGAUGUCAUGUUGAAAGCUGUUACGAUUGUUCCCAGAGUUGAAACAAAAUUAUAUUCAGAAUGGACUGGCAAUAAAAAAGCUACGUUAAAGCCUGUCAUUCUGGAGGAAAUCCUUGAAGACGUGAAAGCAAAGGUUCGCGCUGUAGUUGAUCAAGAAAUGGCGGGUCCUCAAGAACACGUCAAGAAAUAUGAUAAAUAUUCUGACUUGGUGACCAAGAAAGCUGAUGCUGAUGUUGAGAGAUUUCUACUGGAAGGUCAUGAUUUUGACCGCUUUGCUGUGGAAGUUGGAAAAUAUGCCAAAUUAAUUGAUGAAAUCACGUACAAUUCUCAGAAGAUCAUCCAAGUUGGAAUGUUUGAAUUGCAUUGCGAUGAAUUGAUUCGUGGUUUAGCAAAACGAGCUGACAGUUUGAGAAGUAAAUUGUUGCAAAGAAUGAUCAAAGAUCAUCAAGUAUUGAACAAAAGAUUAUGUGAUGAGUAUGAGAAGAUCGCUGAGAAAGCGCUGACUUCUCCUGCCAAUACUGAACAUCUGAUGGAGCUCAUGAAAUUCGUUGAGAAAGUCGAGAAUGAGACGAUAUUUGAAUUGGAAGAACGGUUGACUGAAGCUAAAAAUAGACUCGUAUUUUUGGUCGACUAUGCGUCGUUUUCUCCAGCAGACAUGCGCAUGAACAACAAUGUAUUUCAGUGGCAUUUCAGAAUGCCUGAAGUUUUUGAAGAGCACAAACAAAUUACAAAUGCAAAUCGUGUUCAGUACGAGAAUAGCUUGAAGAUGCGAAGAGAAAGAUUUGUGGAGGAAUUGGAUGGAUACAGUAAACAGUUAGAGGAGUUCCAGACGUUUGGAGAUAUAUCUGAAGUUGGCAGAUACGUAAAGAAAGCUCAGGCCUUGCACGCGAGACUAGAGACCGCAGCUGAUAAGGUGCAAUCGUUCAAUGACGAGGAAGAAGCGUUUGGUUGGGAGGUGACUUCUUAUCCUCAGAGACAACAACUUAUGACCACCCUCACUCCGUUUCAUAAACUCUAUGAAACCACUGUGGAAUUUCAAAAUAAAUACAAGGAUUGGAUGGAAGGUCCCUGGGGAUCCAUCGAUCCAGACGUGGUAGAUCAAGAAACUGGUAAUUUCUGGCGCAGUUUGUACAAGCUUGAGAAGCAAUUCAAUGACGUACCCAAAGCACAGUCUAUUGCUGUUAACAUGAAAGCGAAAGUGGAUGAGUUCAAAGGUCACAUGCCAUUGGUUCAAGUUGUAUUUAAUCCGGGUCUACGUGAACGUCAUUGGUUACAGAUGAGCGAUAUCAUUGGCUACACAAUCAGAGCUGACGAAGACAUGAAUCUCGCCAAGAUGGUCGACAUGAAGCUUGAGCCAUAUUUGGCAAAGUUUGAAGGAAUUAGCGAGGCAGCAAGCAAGGAAUUCUCGCUGGAGAAAGCCAUGGAGAAAAUGAUGCAUGAAUGGGACGACAUGAUUUUCAAUUUUAUUCCAUACCGUGAAACUGGAACACACAUUCUCUCUGCCAUUGAUGAGAUCCAGACAUUACUGGAUGAUCAGAUUGUUAAAACACAAACAAUGAGAGGAUCGCCGUUCAUCAAACCAUUUGAAACAGAAAUUAAGGAAUGGGAAGCAAAAUUAAUGUUGCUUCAAGAAAUUCUCGAUGAAUGGCUGAAGGUUCAAGCAACGUGGCUGUAUUUAGAACCAAUCUUUAGUUCACCUGAUAUCAUGGCGCAAAUGCCUGAGGAAGGAAGACGAUUCACAACAGUUGAUAAACAUUGGAGAGAACUCAUGAAACAAGCGUUACAGGAUACUCACGUAUUAGCCGUGACAAAUAUUGAAAAGAUGUUGGAGAAGUUAAAGAAAUCAAACGAGCUGUUAGAACUUAUAUUGAAGGGUUUGAACGAAUAUCUGGAGAAGAAACGUUUGUACUUUCCUCGCUUUUUCUUUCUAUCAAAUGAUGAGUUACUUGAGAUCUUAUCAGAAACUAAAGAUCCUACGAGAGUACAGCCUCACUUGAAGAAGUGCUUCGAGGGUAUUGCAAACCUGGAGUUCACAGAUGUUCUUGAUAUAACUCACUUGAAGAGUUCUGAGGGUGAAGUCGUUGAACUGAAGGAUGUCAUCUCUACAGCCAAAGCCAGAGGUCAGGUCGAGAAAUGGCUGUUGGAACUUCAAGAAGAUAUGUUGACGAGUGUGAAGAAGGUGAUCAUGGAGUCAAUUGAAGCGUACAACAAGACAGAGCGUGUCGUAUGGGUCAGAGAAUGGAUGGGACAAGCAGUCCUUUGUGUGAGUCAAUAUUAUUGGACAGCUGAGAUACACAAGGCAAUUAAAGGUGGUCCAAAGGCCUUGAAUGAUUAUCUUCAAUUAAACAACCAUCAAAUCGAUGAUAUUGUCGCUCUUGUUCGAGGCAAGCUUUCCAAACAGAACCGCGCCACAUUGGGUGCCUUGGUGGUAUUGGACGUUCACGCGAGAGAUGUGUUGGCACAGCUUGCUAAUGAUGGCGUUGAGAAUGAAAACGAUUUCAACUGGCUUGCGCAACUUCGUUAUUAUAUUGAGGAAGGUAACAUCACAACUCGUAUGAUCAGCGCUCAGCUCAACUAUGGCUACGAAUAUCUCGGGAACUCCGGGCGUCUUGUGAUCACACCGUUGACUGAUCGAUGUUAUCGAACGUUAUUUGGAGCGUUGCAACUUCACUUGGGCGGAGCUCCUGAGGGUCCUGCAGGGACAGGAAAGACAGAGACUACAAAAGAUCUGGCCAAAGCUGUUGCUAAACAAUGCGUUGUUUUCAAUUGUUCGGAUGGAUUGGAUUAUAUCGCUUUGGGAAAAUUCUUCAAGGGUCUCGCGUCUUGUGGGGCGUGGUCAUGUUUUGAUGAAUUCAAUCGUAUUGAUCUUGAAGUACUUUCUGUGGUGGCUCAACAGAUUUUGACCAUUCAAAUGGGUAUCAAUUCUGGUAAUGACACGUUGCUGUUUGAAGGAACUGAAAUUAAACUCGACCCAUCAUGCGCUGUUUUCAUCACCAUGAAUCCAGGUUAUGCUGGAAGAUCAGAGCUGCCAGAUAAUUUAAAGGCAUUGUUUCGUAGUGUUGCUAUGAUGGUUCCUGACUAUGCAUUGAUUGCGGAGAUAUCUCUAUAUUCAUACGGCUUUGUCAAUGCAAGACCUCUCGCCGUAAAGAUUGUCACAACCUACACAUUGUGUUCUGAACAACUGUCAUCACAACAUCAUUAUGACUAUGGUAUGAGAGCUGUCAAGUCUGUUUUAACAGCCGCUGGAAAUCUGAAGCUGAAAUACCCGGAUGAGAACGAGGAAAUCCUGAUGUUAAGAUCAAUCAACGAUGUCAACUUGCCAAAGUUUUUGUCCCAUGACUUACCACUGUUCGAGGGCAUUACAUCAGAUCUGUUUCCUGGUGUUAAACUUCCUGAGCCUGACUAUACCACGCUCGCUGCUGCCAUUAAAGAGAAUUGCAAGGAAAUGAAUCUUCAAGUGACUGAUGUCUUCCAAACAAAAAUACUUCAGAUUUAUGAAAUGAUGAUUGUUCGUCAUGGUUUCAUGAUUGUUGGGGAGCCAUUCGGUGGAAAAACGAUGGCAUAUAGAGUACUCGCUAAAUCUUUAACUGAUAUUGCAGAAAAGGGUCUAAUGGAUGAAAACAAAGUCCAGAUUGUUGUUAUAAAUCCCAAAUCAAUCACGAUGGGUCAACUUUACGGUCAGUUUGAUCCAGUGUCUCAUGAAUGGUCUGAUGGAGUGUUGGCUGUCAACUACAGAGCGUUUGCCACAUCACCUACUGCAGAUCGUAAGUGGCUCAUCUUCGAUGGUCCCGUCGACGCAGUGUGGAUUGAAAAUAUGAACACUGUACUGGAUGACAACAAGAAGUUGUGUUUAAACAGUGGUGAAAUUAUACAGUUGGCGUCCACGACGAAUUUGAUGUUUGAACCUAUGGAUUUAGAAGUUGCUUCGCCUGCUACUGUGAGUCGUUGUGGUAUGAUUUACAUGGAACCAGAAAUGUUGGGAUGGAGACCAUUGUUGUUAUCAUGGUUAAAUACAUUACCCAAGACUUUGAAAGAAGAUAAUAAAGAACUGAUACGAGAUCUGUUUGACAGAAUGGAGACAGCACUGCUGCAGUUUGUGCGAAAAGGAGGUCAUAAGGAAUUAUCUCCCACAAACGAUGCUAAUCUCGUUUACUCUCACAUGAGUUUGAUGGAGACGUUGAUGGAUGAAUUCCAAGAUGAAGAAGAAUUUAAAAAACUAAACGAACGUGAAGUCACAGCUUGGCUCGAGUGUAUUUAUCUGUUUGCUGCUGUUUGGUCGUUGGGCGCGACAAUACCAGCUGAUGGACGAAAGGCGUUUGAUGCAGUGUUUCGAGAAAUCAUCGAUGGUGCUCUAUCAUUGGAGACAAAAGGAAAAUAUCACAUCAUUGCGAUCGUUGAUCCUCCACCAAGGCCGUUCUUGUGUCCUUUCCCUCACAAGGGAAUGGUUUAUGACUAUCGUUUCAUCAAAGAGGGAAUGGGUAAGUGGGAGAUGUGGACAGACGAGAUCAAGGAUGCCCCACCAAUUCCAAAGGAAAUGAUGUUUAACGAAAUCAUCGUACCAACCGUGGAUACCGUCAGAUAUACAUUUCUUAUGAAUCAACUUGUCUCUCAUCAAAAACCAUGUCUGUUUGUUGGUCCAACUGGCACAGGAAAGUCUGUGUACAUCACGAACUUUUUGUUGAACAAUCUUUCUAAAGAGAAAUACAAGCCUCUGCUGAUUAAUUUCUCGGCUCAGACAACUGCUAAACAAACUCAGGACAUAAUCAUGUCAAAAUUAGACAAAAGAAGAAAAGGAGUGUUUGGUCCACCGCUGGGAAAGAAGACGGUUAUAUUUAUCGAUGAUUUGAACAUGCCAGCACGUGAAGUCUAUGGUGCUCAACCGCCUAUUGAACUCAUACGACAGUGGCUUGAUCAUUGGAACUGGUACGACCUUAAGGACACCACUCCCAUACAUCUGGUGGACAUUCAAAUAAUCGCUGCCAUGGGUCCUCCUGGAGGUGGCCGGAAUCCGGUAACCCCUCGAUUCCUACGUCAUUUCAAUACCAUAACCAUUACAAUGUUUGAUGACGUAACCAUGUUGAAGAUAUUUGGCCGAGUAAUGGACUGGCAUCUAACCACAAAAGGGUUCACUCGUGAUUUUCUUCCUGUUGGUGAGGCUAUUGUGAAUGCAACUCUGUCAGUCUACAAGAAUGCCAUGUCUAACUUAUUGCCAACGCCUGCGAAAUCACACUAUCUCUUCAAUCUCAGGGAUUUCGCUCGGGUUGUACAGGGUGUUCUGUUAUCAACGCCUACGACCACCCCAGAUCAUAACACACUAAAGCGGCUGUGGGUUCAUGAGGUAUUUCGCGUGUAUUAUGAUCGUCUGGUAGACAACGCAGAUUGUUCUUGGUUAUUUGAUUUCACGAAAGACGAGACGAAGAGAAGUUUGGGCGUUGAAUUCAACUCCUUGUUCGAACACUUGGAUGUGAAAGCAACGGGAACGGUCACUGAAGACAAUCUUCGUAGUUUGAUCUGUUGUGAUUUCGCUGACCCGAAGAAUGACAGCAAACCGUAUGUUGAGGUCGCUAAUCUGGAUAAUCUUCGAAAAGUUGUUGAAGGAUAUUUGGACGAAUUUAAUAAUAUGAGCAAAAAGCCUAUGAACUUGGUUUUGUUCAGAUUUGCGAUCGAACACGUCUCUCGUAUCUCCCGUGUCUUAAAACAACCGCGUGGCCACGCCCUGUUGGUUGGUGUUGGUGGCUCAGGUCGUCAAAGUUUGACAAGAUUAGCAGCGCAUAUGGCCGAUUACGAACUCUUUCAGGUUGAGAUCGGAAAGGGAUACACCUCGGUUGAAUGGCGAGAAGAUUUGAAGGUUAUUUUACGAAAAACAGCCGAAGGUGAACAGCCUGGGGUGUUCCUAUUUACAGACACACAGAUUAAAGAAGAAUCCUUCUUGGAAGAUAUCAACAAUUUGUUGAACGCAGGAGAAGUUCCAAAUUUAUUCGCCCUGGAUGAGAAACAGGAAAUUUGUGAGAAGAUGCGUGCUUUUGACAGACAACGGGAGAAGUCCAAACAAACAGAUGGCUCACCUGUGGCAUUAUUUAAUUUCUUUAUCGAACGUGUUCGUAACCAACUUCAUAUUGUCCUCGCUAUGAGCCCUAUUGGUGAUGCUUUCCGGACGAGAUUACGAAAGUUUCCAUCACUCGUCAACUGCUGUACGAUAGACUGGUUUCAGUCCUGGCCAGCAGACGCACUGCAGGUUGUUGCCCAGCGGUUUCUUGCGGAGACAGAGAUGUCUUCUUCUGUCCGAGGUGGUUGUGUUUUGAUGUGUCAGGAAUUCCACACUGGAACACGUGAUCUGUCCAUGAAAUUCCUCAAUGAACUAAAACGUCAUAAUUACGUCACACCGACUUCAUAUCUGGAAUUAAUCAACACCUUCAAGGUUUUGUUGCAAAAGAAACAAGGAGAGGUCACGCAAGCGAAAAACAGAUACGAAGUUGGUCUACAAAAAUUGAAGACGGCUGCUUCAGAGGUUUCAGUGAUGCAACGAGAACUGGAAGAACUCCAACCUCAGCUUGUUGUUGCCGGUAAAGAAGUUGACGAGAUGAUGAUUGUGAUUAAGAAAGAAUCUGCUGAAGUUGCCGAGACUGAGAAGAUUGUAAAAGCCGACGAGGCGGUUGCCAACGAGCAAGCCAGAGCUGCCCAGGCAAUCAAGGAUGAAUGUGAUCAUGAUCUUGGAGAAGCAUUGCCCAUCUUGGAAGGUGCCUUAGCUGCCCUCAAUACUCUGACAAAUCAAGAUAUUACUAUUGUCAAGACGAUGAAAAGUCCUCCAUAUGGAGUCAAGAUUGUCAUGGAAGCUAUUUGUGUAUUGAAAGGCGUCAAACCUGACAGAAUACCUGAUCCCUCUGGUUCAGGUAAGAAGAUUGAAGAUUUCUGGGGUCCAUCGAAGAAAAUUCUCGGUGACAUGAACUUUUUGAAAAGCUUGCACACUUAUGAUAAGGAUAAUAUCAAUCCAGCUAUAAUAAAAACCAUUCGUCAAAAGUACACAUCGAAUUCCGAAUUUGAUCCAGAAAAGAUUAAGACUGCAUCAACCGCUGCUGAAGGACUGUGUAAAUGGGUGAUAGCUAUGGAUCAGUAUGAUAAAGUUGCACGUGUCGUCGCACCGAAGAAAGAAGCUCUAGCAGCAGCCGAGGCAGAACUUGCUGUAGCGAUGGAGGGUUUAGAAAAGAAACGUGCUGUCCUUCGGGAAGUCCAGGAGAAACUUGCCAGACUUCAGGAGAAGUUUGAAGCGAACGUGAAACGAAAGGGUGAACUGGAACAUCAGGUUGACAUGUGCUCCAAGAAACUAGAGCGUGCAGAGAAAUUGAUCAGCGGUCUGGGUGGUGAGAAGACAAGAUGGACAAGUGCUGCAGAGGAACUAGGAAUAUUGUUUAAAAACUUGGUCGGAGAUGUUCUUAUUUCAUCAGCUGUCGUUGCAUAUCUUGGUGCUUUUACAUCGGCAUUUAGACAGGACCAAAUCAAGCAAUGGCAGAAGCAGUGUGUUGAAAAUGGUAUCCCAUGUUCGAAAGAUUUCUCUGUCACAGGAACAUUUGGUGAUCCUGUGAAAAUUCGAGAUUGGAAUAUCUGGGGUUUACCAACAGACUCUUUCUCUGUCGAGAAUGGUAUUAUCAUUAGCAAUGCAAAUCGCUGGCCACUGUGUAUCGAUCCUCAAGGUCAGGCGAACAAGUGGAUCAAAAAUAUGGAGAAGAAAAACAACUUGCACGUGAUUAAGUUGACGGAUCAGGAUUAUGUAAGAACAUUGGAGAACUGUAUUCAAUUUGGGACACCUGUACUCUUAGAAAACGUGGGUGAAGAACUCGAUCCUGUCUUGGAACCUUUGCUACUGAAACAAACUUUCAAACAAGGCGGGAGUAUUUGCAUCAAGCUGGGAGACAGCGUCAUCGAGUAUUCGAAAGAUUUCAGGUUUUACAUGACCACCAAACUUCGCAAUCCACACUAUCUCCCAGAGACGUCAGUUAAAGUGACCUUACUGAACUUCAUGAUCACUCCAGAAGGUUUAGAGGAUCAGUUAUUGGGUAUUGUGGUUGCGCGAGAACGACCUGAACUGGAAGAAGAGAAGAAUGCUUUGAUCAUACAGAGUGCAGAAAACAAGAGGCAACUGAAAGAAAUUGAAGAUAAAAUUCUUUCUAUUUUGUCAUCGGAAGGAAAUAUUCUUGAAGAUGAGACGGCAAUCAAUGUUUUGUCUUCAUCAAAAGUGCUUGCAAAUGAGAUUUCAGAAAAACAGGCAAUCGCAGAUGAGACUGAAGAGAAGAUAGACAAGACGCGUAUGGGUUACGCCCCUAUUGCCGUUCAUUCAUCAAUCUUAUUCUUUUCCAUCGCUGACUUGGCGAAUAUUGAGCCAAUGUACCAAUACUCGCUAACAUGGUUCAUUAAUCUCUUCAUCAUGUCCAUUGAUAAUUCAGAGAAGAACGAUGUUGUUGAGAAAAGAUUGGAAAUCCUACGCGAGCAUUUUACAUAUUCACUUUACUGCAAUAUCUGCCGUUCAUUGUUUGAGAAAGACAAGUUGCUGUUCUCUCUGUUGCUUUGUGUUAAUCUGCUAAAAGGAAAGAAAGAAGUUGAGGAGGAGGAGUGGAAGUUUCUUUUAACUGGUGGCGUGGGUCUUGAUAAUCCUCAUGAAAAUCCGUGUAGUUGGUUGCCAGCAAGAUCUUGGGAUGAAAUGUGCAGACUGGAUGAUUUGAAGACCUUCAAAGGUUUCCACAGGAAAUUCAAAGGUCACGUUGAGGGAUGGAAAACAAUUUAUGACAGCAAUGAACCACAAAACGAGCCCUUACCUGGAGAAUGGGAUGAAAAACUCGACGAAUUUCACAAAUUGAUUGUUCUCAGAUGUCUCCGACCAGAUAAGGUAACACCAGCAGUUCAACAGUUUGUAAAAAUCAAACUUGACAAACGAUACAUUGAGCCACCGCCAUUUGAUCUUGCAAAAGCAUUUGCUGACUCAGCAUGUACAGCACCUCUGAUCUUCGUGUUGUCUCCUGGUUCAGAUCCAACGGCUGCUUUACUCAAGUUUGCUGAUGAUCAGGGAUUCAGUGGUUCAAAGUUGAGUUCUCUAUCACUCGGUCAAGGUCAAGGACCUAUCGCAAUGCGCAUGAUCGAGAAAGGAACAAAAGAAGGGACUUGGGUUGUUCUGCAGAAUUGUCAUCUGGCGACAUCAUGGAUGCCGACAUUAGAGAAAGUUUGCGAGGAAUUCAACCCUGAUACAACUCAUCCAGAUUUUCGUCUGUGGUUGACGAGUUACCCGAGUCCCAACUUUCCUGUUUCGGUUCUUCAAAAUGGCGUCAAGAUGACGAAUGAGCCUCCCAAAGGACUUCGGGCCAACAUUAUUCGCUCGUAUUUAAGCGAUCCAAUCUCCGACCCCGAGUUUUUCACGACCUGCAAGAAUCCGGGGCCAUUCAAAAAGCUGUUGUUUGGUUUAUGUUUCUUCCACGCACUCGUACAAGAAAGACGAACAUUCGGUCCUCUUGGCUGGAAUAUUCCGUACGAAUUCAACGAAACAGACCUUCGUAUCAGUGUCCGUCAACUUCACAUGUUUUUGGAUGACUAUAAGGACGUUCAGUAUGCAGCAUUGGCUUAUCUUACAGGAGAAUGUAAUUAUGGAGGUCGUGUAACAGACGAUAGGGACAGAAGAACAAUAUUAACUAUACUUGAUAAGUUUUAUUGCUCGGAUAUUCUUGAUCCCAGUUAUGCCUUCUCUGCCAGUGGAAAUUACUACGCCCCAAAAGAAGGAGAGUAUGAAUCAUAUCUGGAGUACACGCGUGGUCUUCCACAGAUAACCCACCCUGAAGCGUUUGGCAUGCAUGCAAACGCUGAUAUUUCCAAAGACCAACAAGAAACACAUCAACUCUUCACUAACAUACUCCUUACUCAGUCGCGAACCUCGUCAGGCGGAGGUAAAUCAGAUGAUGAAAUCAUUCAAUCUGUUGCUGCUGAUAUUCUUAGCAAGAUGCCUCCAGGUUUUGACACAGAAGCAGCGUUACGCAAAUAUCCAACAACCUACACACAGAGUAUGAAUACUGUGUUGGUCCAAGAAAUGGUUCGGUUUAACAGACUGACUGAAGUUGUUCGUAGUAGUUUAAGAAAUCUUCAGAAAGCUAUCAAGGGUCUUGUUGUCAUGUCGAGUGAACUAGAGGAAGUAGUCGAUAGUAUUUUGAAAGGUCGUAUUCCUGGUUUGUGGAUGAAGCGUUCAUAUCCAUCACUCAAACCUCUUGGAAGCUACGUCAGUGAUCUUGUUGCCAGACUCAAAUUCCUACAAGACUGGUACGAAGUCGAGGCGCCUCCAGUCUUUUGGAUAUCUGGUUUCUUCUUUACACAGGCUUUCCUGACAGGUUCAAAGCAGAAUUACGCGAGAAAAUAUACCAUUCCCAUUGAUUUAUUGACAUUCGAUUUCCAAGUUUUGGAUGAUAAAAAAUAUUCCGCUCCUCCAGAAGAUGGAGUCUAUGUCAACGGUCUGUUCAUGGAAGGUGCAAAGUGGGAUCGAGGAAAUAAAGUUAUUGGUGAAUCUAUUCCAAAGGUUUUGCAUGACACUAUGCCAGUGAUGUGGUUAAUACCUUGUAAAAAAGAUGAUAUUCAAAACGUCCCUCAUUAUCUUUGUCCUGUGUACAAGACUAGCGAAAGACGUGGUACACUAUCAACCACUGGUCACUCCACUAACUUUGUUAUGGACAUGCGCAUUCCCUCUGAUCAGCCGCCAUCCCAUUGGAUCAUGCGCGGUGUUGCCAUGUUGUGUCAGCUUGAUAAUUGAAUCCCAUUAUUUUUCUUACGUGUACCUAAAGCAUUCUUCUGUAAAUUAAUUUCUGUAAAUAUCGACACGGAAUCCUGCCUUGGGUUUUUGUUGUAUUUUUUG